ACUGCGGACAUAGUACAGGAGAUGACCAGAGACUGCGGACACAGUACAGGAGAUGACCAGAGACUGCAGACAUAGUACAGGAGAUGACCAGAGACUGCGGACACAGUACAGGAGAUGACCAGAGACUGCGGACACAGUACAGGGAUGACCAGAGACUGCGGACAGUACGGGAGAUGACCAGAGACUGCGGACACAGUACGGGAGAUGACCAGAGACUGCGGACACAAUACAGGAGAUGACCAGAGACUGCGGACACAGUACAGGGAUGACCAGAGACUGCGGACACAGUACAG